UCUGGACCUUCCAUUACUACCGGACCUUCUAUUACUACCGGCCGCGGACCUUCUAUUACUACCGGACCUUCUAUUACUACCGGACCUUCUAUUACUACCAGACCUUCUUUUACUACUGGACCUUCUAUUAUUACCGGACCUUCUAUUACUUCCGGACCCUCUAUUCCUCCCAGUCCUUCUACUACUACCGGACCUUCUCUUACUUCCGGACCUUCAGUUUCAUCUGAACACUCUAUUACUACGAGACCUUCUGUUUCAUCUGGACCCUCUAUUACUACUGCACCGUUUGUUUCAUCUGGACCUUCUAUUACUACCAGACCUUUUGUUUCAUCUGUACCUCAUGUUACUACUGGAUCUUCUGUCUCAUCUGGACCCCUUAUUACUAUCGCGCUGUCUGUUUCAUCUGGUCCUCCUAUUACGAAGAAUACAAAAGCAAAAACCGACACAACGUAUCAUCUGGACCCCUUAUUACCACCGCGCCGUCUGUUUCAUUUGGUCCUCCUAUUACCACCGCACCGUAUGUUUCAUCCAGACCUUCUGUUUCAUCUGGACCUUCUAUUACCACUGUACGGUGUGUUUCACCUGGACCUCCUAUUACCGCACCGUCUGUUUCAUCCGGACCUUCUGUUUCAUCUGGACCUUCUAUUACUACUACACCGUCUGUUUCAUCCGGACCGCCCCUUACUACCGCACCCUCUGUUUGGUCCGGAUCUCCUCUUACUACCGCACCCUUUGUUUCAUCUGGACCUUCUCUUACUACCGGACCUUCUGCUUCAUGAAGCCUUUACCACGGACGUUGGUACAAUUGAAAAAAAAAAAUUCUUGCUGUUCUGUAAGUGUCAUGAUUGACACUUUUCUGAGUGGAAAGAAAGUCGAACCUCCGAUUGCGACCACCUCUCGUAGGCG